AUGCCUCUCGACGAAGAGGGCGCCAAAUGGUCCUGCGAGCCGUGCAUCAGAGGCCAUCGCUCGUCCAAAUGCCAGCACUUCGACCGUCUGAUGAUGAAGGUGCCCAAGGCCGGCCGUCCGCUCGCCAAAUGCCCGCAUCCCAAGGGCACCUGUAGCUGCCAGAAGAUCUAUGCCUUCAUGGUCCGCAUCCCCAAAGGUGAGCACAAUUGA